CAUUGGGUUGUUCGGAUUCUUGAAUGACAAUUUGUCAAAUCCGGAUCAGUCCAUUUGGAAAGGGAUGCAGAGCCAGAACCCAGCCAGCAUUUCCCUUCAUAUCAGCAGCAUACAAAUUAAAAACAUUCCCGGGAUGGAAACUUGAGCCGUAAAACGGGUUCUGGUUUAAUUUUGGUUAAAUGUGGAUGUGUGAAACCGACGCAGCGCAGCGCUUUGUCCGCGGCGCAGAUGGUCCAAUCAGACGGAGCCUGGCUGGAGGAAAGGGCGCACGCAUCCAGUGAGGGAAACACACCACCGGGAGGGACAUUAAACACCAAAACACCUGACAGUCCGGGUUUAUGUCUCCCGAAGUGUCUGCGAAAUGUCCACGAAGGCAGAGCAGUUUGCCUCUAAGAUACGAUACUUGCAAGAGUAUCACAACCGUGUGCAACACAAUAUUUACCCUGUGCCCUCUGGAACAGACAUUGCAAACACACUGAAAUACUUUUCCCAAACCCUCCUCAGCAUUCUGUCCCGCACAGGCAGGAAGGAGAACCAGGAAGCUUCCAAUUCGGCCGUGCCCAUGACCAUGUGUCUUUUUCCUGUGCCAUUCCCACUCACCCCAUCUCUAAGACCACAAGUCAGUUCCAUCAACCCUACAGUUACUCGCUCCCUCCUUUACAGCGUUCUGCGCGAUGCCCCGUCAGACCGCGGGGGGCAGGGGCAGCAGAGUCGGGACGCUCAGCUCUCAGAGUACCCCUCUCUGGACUAUCAGGGCCUCUAUGUGACCCUCGUGACCCUGCUUGACCUGGUGCCCCUGCUGCAGCACGGUCAGCAUGAUCUGGGACAGUCCAUAUUUUACACAACAACCUGCCUUCUUCCCUUCCUCAGCGACGAUAUUCUCAGCACUUUGCCUUAUACAAUGAUCUCCACCUUAGCCACAUUCCCCCCCUUCCUCCAUAAAGACAUCAUUGAGUACCUGAGCACCUCUUUCCUCCCCAUGGCGAUACUGGGAUCAACUCGGAGGGAGGGCGGAGUGCCUGCCUACGUCAACCUGUCGGCCUCAUCUAUGCUCAUGAUCGCAAUGCAGUACACCUCAAACCCAGUUUAUCACUGUCAGCUGUUGGAGUGCCUAAUGAAGCACAAACAGGAAGUGUGGAAGGACCUGCUUUAUGUCAUAUCUUACGGCCCAUCCCAAGUAAAACCUCCAGCUGUGCAAAUGCUGUUUCACUACUGGCCCAAUCUGAAGCCACCAGGAGCCAUCAGCGAAUACAGAGGGCUGCAGUACACAGCCUGGAAUCCUAUCCACUGUCAACACAUCGAGUGCCAUAACGCCAUCAACAAACCUGCAGUCAAGAUGUGCAUAGACCCGACUCUCUCUGUAGCGCUGGGAGACAAGCCGCCACCUCUUUAUUUAUGCGAGGAGUGCAGCCAGAGGAUCGCUGGAGAUCAUCCUGAAUGGCUUGUUGAUGUCCUAUUGCCACAAGCAGAGAUAUCUGCCAUUUGUCAAAAGAAGAACUGCAGCUCUCAUGUCAGGAGGGCCGUGGUCACCUGCUUCUCAGCCGGCUGCUGCGAGCGCCAUGGCAACAGGCCCGUCCGCUACUGCAAGCGUUGCCAUGUCAACCACCACAGCAGCGAGGUGGGGGCUGCGGCGGAGACCCAUCUAUACCAGACCUCGCCCCCCCCCAUCAACACGCGGGAGUGCGGCGCGGAGGAGCUGGUGUGCACGGUGGAAGCUGUCAUUAGCCUUCUGAAGGAGGCAGAAAUCUAUGCAGAGCAGCGUGAGUUUGAGCUGAACAGGCGUCGUCAGAUGGGCCUGUCCGCCUCCCACCACUCCCUGGACAACAUCGAGUUUGACAACAAGGAGGACGACCAGCACGACCAGCGGCUCCUCAGUCAGUUCGGCAUCUGGUUCCUGGUGAGCCUGUGCACGCCCAAUGAGAUCACGCCUACGGAGAGCCUGGCGCGGCUCGUCAGCAUGGUCUUCCAGUGGUUUCACUCCACUGCCUACAUGAUGGACGAUGAAGUGGGAAGCCUGGUGGAGAAGCUGAAGCCACAGUUUGUCACAAAAUGGCUGAAGACGGUGUGUGAAGUGCGCUUUGACGUCAUGGUCAUGUGUCUGCUGCCUAAACCGGUCGAGUUUGCCAGGGUGGGAGGUUACUGGGAUAAGUCAUGUAGCAAGGUGACACAGCUGAAAGAGGGUCUGAACCGGAUCCUGUGUCUGAUACCUUACAAUGUGAUCAGUCAGCCGCUGUGGGAGUGUUUCAUGCCGGAGUGGCUGGAGGCCAUCCGCACCGAGGUGCCUGACAACCAGCUCAAAGAGUUCAGGGAGGUGCUCAGUAAGAUGUUCGAUAUUGAGCUGUGCCCCCUGCCUUUCUCCAUGGAGGAGAUGUUCGGCUUCAUCAGCUGCAGAUUCUCCGGCUACCCGGCGUCGGUGCAAGAGCAGGCUCUUCUGUGGCUGCAUGUUCUGUCAGAGCUGGACAUCGUUGUGCCUCUCCAGCUGCUGAUCGGGGUGUUCUCCGAUGGCGUGAACUCACUGAAGGAGCUGGCCAAUCAGAGAAAAGCUCGCGCCUCCGACCUCUCUGGCAACACCGGCGCUCGCCGGGUGAGCGUCGUGUCGGAUCCGGGCCGACGCGGGCAGCACAACACCCUGAGCCCGUUCCCCAGCCCCUUCAGGAGCCCCUUCAGGAGCCCGCUGCACUGCAGCCCCUUUAAGAACCUGGGUCACGCCACCAGAAACUGUGCCUUGGACCUGGACUGUGACGACGACGACAUGAACCUCGGCUGUUUCAUCCUCAUGUUUGACCUCAUCUUAAAGCAGAUGGAGCUGCAGGACGACGGUGUGAUGCUGGGUCUAGACAGCAGCCUGGGGAAGGAUAUUGUCGGCAUCAUCAACAACGUCUUCCAGGCCCCCUGGGGCGGAUCCCACACCUGCCAGAAGGAUGAGAAGGCCCUUGAGUGUAGCCUGUGCCAAUCCAGCAUCCUGUGCUACCAGCUGGGCUGUGAGCUUCUGGAGAGGCUGACCCCCCGGGAGGAGAUCCGCCUGGUGGAGUCAACGGACUGUUUGGAGGACACGUUGAUCCCGUGUCAACCAGACUUCUCUCUUGGGACGGAAAAUGGAAGUGAGGAAGGAGAAAACCCAAGUGAGCCGAACAACGACAACCCCAACAACCAUUCUCCUGAGAACCCAGCCAUGAAGAACAACUCUGACAAGAAGUUCUCCUACCAGCAGCUUCCUGUGUCCUUAAAGCUGAUAUACACCAUCCUACAGGAAAUGUCCAAGUUUGAGGAGCCUGACAUCUUGUUUAACAUGCUGAACUGCCUGAAGAUCCUGUGCCUGCAUGGAGAGUGUCUGUACCUGGCCUGCAAGGAUCACCCGCAGUUCCUGGCCUACAUCCAGGAGAAGAAGCUCAUCCCCAGCCUGUGGUCGAUGCUGAAGUCCGAGUUCUGCCAGCUGGCCUCGCUGGCCGUGCCGCAGCUCCUCCACGCGCUCUCACUGUCCCACGGAGCCGACAUCUUCUGGAAGCUCAUCAACACAAACUUCAACAGCAAAGACUGGAAAAUACGCUUUGAAGCUGUCGAGAAGGUGGCGGUGCUGUGUCGUUUUCUGGACAUCAGCGCUGUGACCAAAAACCACCUGCUGAAGUACUCCUUAGCCCACGCUUUCUGCUGCUUCCUGGCCUCGGUGGAGGACGUCAACCCUUCGGUGGCCACCAGGGCCAGACUGCUGCUGGACACCAUCAAGAGGCCGGCGCUGCAGGGUUUGUGUCUGUGUCUGGACUUCCAGUUUGACACCGUUGUCAGGGAUCGGCCCAUCAUUCUCAGCAAACUUCUCCUGCUGCACUUCCUGAAGAAAGACAUUCCUGCUCUGAGCUGGGAGUUUUUCGUCAACCGCUUUGAGACGCUGUCGCUGGAGGCUCAGCUGCACCUGGAUUGCAACAAGGAGUUUCCCUUCCCCACCACGAUCACAGCUGUGCGAACCAAUGUGGCGAACCUGAGCGACGCGGCGAUGUGGAAGAUACGGCGGGCGCGUUUCGCCAGGAACCAGCAGAAGAGCGUGCGCUCACUACGUGACAGCGUGAAGGGAGGCCAGGAGGAAUCGAAACGCACCUUUUCCCUCCCAGAGUCGCUGAGCAACCGACUUCCACGCUUCCUCCUGCACUUUAACCCUGACGCUUCAGCACCUCUUACAGGCCAGACUCCUUCUCCUGAGGACGACACCAUAAUCAGAGACCUGCUGCCCGAAGACGCCGGCAUCGACCACCAGACGGUUCACCAGCUCAUCAUGGUGCUCAUGAAAUUCAUGGCCAAAGACCAGAGCAGCGCCGACGCUGACAUCAGCAGCGCCAAGGCGUUCAACACCGUAAAGAGGCACCUGUACGUGCUGCUGGGUUAUGAUCAACAGGAAGGCUGCUUCAUGAUUGCACCUCAGAAGAUGCGAACCUCCACCUGCUUCAACGCCUUCAUUGCUGGGAUUGCACAAGUGAUGGAUUAUAAUAUCGGUUUGGGAAAGCAGCUGCUCCCCCUGGUGGUCCAGGUGUUGAAGUACUGCGCUUGUCCGCAGCUCAGACACUAUUUUCAGCAGCCGCCCCGAUGCUCUUUGUGGGCUUUAAAGCCACAUAUUCGGCAGAUGUGGCUCAAAGCUCUGCUUGUUAUCCUCUACAAGUACCCUUAUCGAGAGAUGGAUGGCAGUAAAGUGGUGCUUCACCUGGUGCACAUCACCAUCAACACCCUGAACGCUCAGUAUCACAGCUGCCGUCCACACGCUGCCGCCGGGCCGCUCUACAGCGACAACUCCAACAUAAGCCGCUACAGCGAGAAGGAGAAAGAGGAAGACAGCGUCUUCGAUGAGUCAGACGUCCAUGACACACCGACUGGAGCUGCCAACAAGGAGUCCCAGACAUUUUUUGCCCGUUUGAAAAGGAUUGGAGGCAGCAAGUCUGUGAAGUAUCAGCCAGUGGAGCUGAACGCCAAGAGAAGUGAAAUCGAGCUGUCGGAGUACCGUGAAGCCAGCGCGCUCCAGGACAGCAUCCUGCACUGCGUCAGGGAGGAGAGCACCAGGAAGAAGCGCCUCCAGGCCAUGCAUAAGCAAAAGUCUCUGGACAUUUCCAACACGGACUCCAUCCUUUUCAGUUUGGACGAACACCGCAGGAAGUCCUGCAUCGAUCGUUGCGACUUGCAGGCGCCCACUGCGGUCCUCUCCUCGUCCCGCAGGCACCAGGGUAAGGGAUCCUGCGACGGUUCUUCGUUUCGGGUUGAUCCCGUGGAUCGCCGAGGUUCCCGUGGCGGCCAGUCGGACACGGCCAAACCCGUCAUCCCAGAGGUCCGGCUCAGCUGCAUGGAAACGUUCGAGGACAAACUGGACCAGGGCUCGUUAGAAGGGUCGGCUCAGGAGAAAGAGGACCAAGACCUCAUCGACCUGUCGUCAGACUGCACCUCCAUUCCAGAAAAACACUCUCUGCUCUCCAUGUCCGACAGCGACUCCUUGGUGUUCGAACCGCUGCCUCCGCUGAGGAUCGUGGAGAGCGACGAAGAGUUCGACCUCAACACCAUCAUUGGCUCCAGAUUCAGCGGAAGUCCGAAGGUCUUGGCAUCCCCUGCUAGCAGCAACACGUUGAGGUUGUCUCCUGUGGUUCAGGUGAGCUUUGAGGAUUGCUCCAGUGAAAAAAACGACUCAGAGGCUGUGGUUGGAAAAGAGCUGCCAUCUUCAGAGAGGAAACUCAAAGGUUUGACUCAAAGCGCCUCUUUAGAAAUCCAUGAACGCCUGGAGAACGUUUCCUAUGAAAGCCCGAUGACCUUGAAGCAGAAGAGAGAUCUACUGAGGAAGACUCCGAAUGUCCCCGACUCCUCGUUAGACGACUCCUCUGUGAUUGGCUCCAGUCCCUCCGGCAGGACCGUCUUCUUGGACAUCCCGGAGGACAAAGCCGAGCCGCUUUCCUCGCCAGAGAGAAGCAAGACAGACAGCAACGACGAAGAGGAGGAUGGAGACGACGAGGAAGACGAAGACAUGGGGGACGAAGCCGACAGCGAGCCCAAACCCGACAACGCAGACGAUAACGACGAAGCAGAGUUCAAAAUCCAGAUCGUUCCCCGGCAGCGGAAGCAGAGGAAGAUCGCCGUCAGCGCCAUCCAGAGGGAAUACCUGGACAUUUCGUUCAACACGUUCGACAAGCUGGGAGGAGAGGCGACGACUGAGACGGAUCACAAAGGCAUGUCUGCGUUGGAAAAGCCCAGGGAAUCGGCCUCAGCUCCAACUCUUGAAGCUGCUCUGCCUGAAACGAGCCAUCGCUCCUCAGUGUCAACUCAGUACCGGCAGGCGAAGCGAGGCUCUCUGGGCGCCCUUACGAUGAGUCAGCUGAUGAAGAGGCAGCUGGAGCACCAGUCCAGUGCGCCGCACAACAUCUGCACCUGGGAGACCGGUCCCACAAAAACCAGCUUGCUUUCAGCGCCGAGCACAGUCAGCAUGUUUGUUCCGGCACCUGAGGAGUUCAUCGACGAGCAGCCCACCACCAUGUCUGACCGGUGCCGGGACUGCGCCGCCGUGCUGGAGGAAUACGAUGAGGAGACUCUGGCGCUCGCAGUCGUAGUUCUGUCAAUGUUCAUCCACCUGAGCCCGGAUUUGGCUGCUCCCAUGCUUCUCGACAUCAUGCAGUCUGUGGGCAGGCUGGCGUCGAGUGGCAAUUUCUCCGGACAAGCCGAGAGCAUGUUGAUCCCUGGAAAUGUAGCAGGCGUGGCCAAGCAGUUCCUGCGCUGCAUGUUUCACCAGCUGGCCCCUAAUGGCAUCUUACCGCAGCUCUUCCAGAGCAACAUCAAAGAUGGGAGUUUCCUGCGAACACUUGCGUUGUCUUUGAUAGACUUCAAUGAGCUGAGCUCUGUUGCUGCUCUCAACAUGCUACUUGAGGGCUUAAACAACAAAAAGAGUCUACCAGCAGGGGGCACCAUGCUGCACUGCCUGGAGAACAUUGCCACCUUCAUGGAGGCUCUCCCCAUGGACUCUCCCAGCAACCUGUGGACGACCAUCUGCAACCAGUUCCAGACCUUCCUCACAAAACUGCCCUGCGUUCUUCCUCUGAAGUGCCCAAUGGAUUCCAGUUUAAGGAUUAUUAUUUGUCUUCUGAAGAUCCCAACUACAAACGCAACUCGGAGCUUGCUGGAGCCUUUCUCUAAGCUGCUGAGCUUCGUCAUCCAGUACGGAUCGUUCAGCCUCUCCUACCUCGUCGAACUGUGUGGACUUUGCUACAAAGCCUUCAACAAGGAGCGAGAUAAGUUCUACAUGUCCCGCAUUGUGGUGUUGGAGCUUCUGCAGGCUCUCAAGUUCAAGUCUCCUUUGCCUGAUACAAACUUGCUACUGCUGGUCCAGUUUGUUUGUGCAGAUAUAGGAACGCGUCUGGCAGAAUCCACCAUCAUCCAGAAGCACAUGAUCUCCACGCUGCCGGGGUGUACGACUGCAGCAAUGGAGUGCAUGAGGCAGUACACCAGUGAGCUGCUGGACUUCAUUGCAGAUAUGCAUACUCUAACUAAACUAAAAAACCACAUGAAGGCGUGCUGUCAGCCGCUGCAUGAGGACACCUUUGGGGGAAACCUGAAAGUGGGUUUGGCACAAGUUGCAGCCAUGGAGAUCAACAAAGGGAACCACCGGGAUAACAAAGCUGUGGUUCGGUAUCUGCCCUGGCUUUACCAUCCGCCUUCCACCAUGCAGCAAGGGCCAAAGGAAUUCAUUGAGUGCGUGUCCCACAUCCGUCAGCUGUCCUGGCUGCUGCUGGGGUCGCUGACCCACUGCGCCCUGCACCAGGGCUCCACCUCCUGCAUGCCCAUCCCGCUGGACGCCGGCUCCCACAUCGCAGACCAUCUGAUCGUCAUCCUGAUCGGCUUCCCGGAGCAGUCAAAGACGUCGGUGCUGCACAUGUGCUCCCUGUUCCACGCUUUCAUGUUCGCCCAGCUGUGGACCAUCUACUGCGAGCAGGCGGCCGCCGCGCCGUCGCUCCAGAACCAGAACCAGACCGAGUUCUCAUCCAGCGCCAUCCUUACGGGCCUUGAGUUCUGGAGUCGGGUUACUCCCAGCAUCCUCCAGCUCAUGGCCCACAACAAAGUGAUGGUGGAGAUGGUUUGUCUGCAUGUCAUCAGUUUGAUGGAAGCACUGCAGGAAUGCAACUCAACCAUCUUUGUGAAGUUAAUUCCAAUGUGGCUGCCAAUGAUUCAGGCCAACCUGAAGCAUCUGUCAGCGGGGCUGCAGCUGCGUCUCCAGGCCAUCCAGAACCGGGUGAACCACCAGUGCCUGCACGGCCAGACGUCCGGGGCACCGCCAUUCGCACUGCGCAAAUGGCUACAGUGCACCCAGUUCAAGAUGGCGCAGGUGGAGAUCCAGUCGUCAGAGGCGGCGUCGCAGUUCUACCCCAUGUGACCUAUCGGCAUGCCGCGGUUGGACCAUGUGACCAAAAAUCCAACAAAACAGGAUCCACUGAUACUGUGCUGGAUUAAUUUUCAGAAGGAAGCAUACUUGUACAGCAAACCGUUGCUAUUUUAAAGUAGUUACUGUAAAAGUGGUGAUUAAAAGUUGGAUAAAUGUUUUUAUUUUGUGCCUAAGAAGGACGACUGUGAAAACUUUCUAUUGUUGCUAAAAAGCAAAAACUUCUGACUCUGUUAAGGUAAAUCAAGUUUACAGAUUGACUUUUUAGUUUUUGAAGAUUUAAUUUAUGGAUUAUCUGGAUUUUUUUUUUCAACCAAUGAUCUCCUUUGGGUUUCCAUAGAUCAGAUGGGCGGCCAUCUUGUUUUAAAGCUUCUAUUUACUUAGACUUUGAAUUAAAGUUAACUCUACAGCUGAAUAUUAGGGCUUGGUUACAAUUUUUUUUGUGUGUGUUUACAUCAUAAUUUUACAAAAAUAUAGUGAUUCAAAAAUAGAGCUGAAAUAAUACAAGAAAAUAAUAAUAUUACACUGCAAAAUUGCAAAAUAUUACCAAGUAUUUUUGUUUAGUUUCUAGUGCGAAUAUUUUGGUAAACUUGAAAUAAGACUAAACUUAUAGUAACUUUUCUACAAGGUUUACCGGCUUGUUUUAAUUCAAUAAUUCUUGAAUAUUGAUAAAAAGUACAAAUUAAUUGGCAGAUUAUUUAACUAUAACAUGAGGAAAAUGUAUUAUUAAUGGAAAAAUGCUUGUAAAAGUAGCAGUUCUUUUAUAUUCAAGAAUUAUUGACUUAAAACAAUAUAUAUCUCACUUAAAAGUUACUUAUGAGUUAAUUUGUCCUAUUUCAAGUGUAAUAAGAUACUUUUACUAGAAACUCGACCAAAAAUACUUGGUAAG